GAGGCCAGGAGUGGCGCCCGCGCCCCGGAACCACGCCCCCGUUUCCCCGCCUCCCGGAUUUCGUUGUAGACCUCUCCCAGUCCUCCGGGACUAGGUCUGGUUUAUACUGGGUCGCGCCAGGGACAGCGUGACUGGCCUGGGUGGAGAGAGGAUGCUUAACUCCUUGGACUCUUAAUUCUUCUCUCUCUUCCUUUUUUUCCCCUUAGGGCUUAAGGACUUCAUGUCCUGGGUCCUGAUUCACUCCCCAGCUUUUUCCUCCUGCCCCAUUACCCCUGUGUGUGGGUCCCUGGCCAGACUUCGGGUCCCUCCAGCUGCGAGCAGCUGAGGGUUAAGGGGGCGGGGCCGCCGCAUUUUUGGGGAGUGAGCGCAUCCUAGCGGCUGCCAAGAGGGGCGCCCAGCAGAGACCUUUUGAAGCCCCCGAACAGGGGCAACAGGUGUUUUGGAGAUUAGGGAUUUAAGACUUGUUCCAUGGGCUCCUCUUAAAGAAGCAGACUCAUGGGGUUGCAGUGUGGAGCAGGGUCCACCGAAGAGAAAGACAGGUGAAGUAAAAAGAAAACAGAAAUCAGCUUGGCCGGAAAGGGCGUUUGUGUGGAUGGGAUGGGGACGCCGGGGGAGGGGCUGGGUCGCUGCUCCCAUGCCCUGAUCCGGGGUGUCCCCGAGAGCCUGGCGUCGGGGGAGAGUGCAGGGGCUGGCCUUCCAGCUCUGGACCUAGCCAAAGCUCAAAGGGAGCAUGGGGUGCUGGGGGGUAAACUGAGGCAGCGACUGGGGCUACAGCUGUUAGAACUGCCUCCGGAGGAAUCGCUGCCGCUAGGACCGCUGAUUGGUGAUACAGCCGUGAUUCAAGGCGAUACGGCCCUAAUCACGCGGCCCUGGAGCCCGGCUCGUAGACCUGAGGUUGAUGGAGUCCGCAAAGCCCUUCAGGACUUGGGUCUCCGAAUUGUGGAGAUGGGGGAUGAGAACGCAACUCUGGAUGGCACUGACGUUCUCUUCACGGGCCGGGAGUUUUUUGUAGGCCUCUCCAAGUGGACCAAUCACCGAGGAGCUGAGAUAGUGGCGGACACAUUCCGGGACUUCGCCGUCUCUACUGUGCCGGUCUCUGGCCCUUCUCACCUGCGUGGCCUCUGUGGCAUGGGGGGACCCCGCACUGUGGUAGCAGGCAGCAGCGACGCUGCCCAAAAAGCUGUCAGGGCAAUGGCAGUGCUGACAGAUCACCCAUAUGCCUCUCUGACUCUCCCAGAUGACGCAGCUGCUGACUGUCUCUUUCUGCGUCCUGGGUUGCCUGGUGCACUCCCUUUCCUCCUGCAUCGUGGAGGUGGGGACUUGCCUAACAGCCAGGAGGCACUGCAGAAGCUCUCUGAUGUCACCCUUGUACCUGUAUCCUGCUCAGAACUGGAAAAGGCUGGUGCUGGGCUCAGCUCCCUUUGCCUGGUGCUCAGCACACGCCCCCACAGUUGAGGGUCUGGCUUGGGAUUCUGGGUGGCCAGCAAAAUAGGAAUUAGAAGGGGAAGGAGAGCUGGGCAUGGUGGCACACACCUGUAAUCUCAGAGACUCGGAAGGCUGAGGCA